CAUGAGUGAAAGAGGGCAAAAAGUAGAGGGGAAAAGGCAGCACACUGUAACAGAUCAAGCCUUUGUGACCCUUGCAACUAAUGAUGUGUACUGUCAAGGUGCUCUUGUUCUCGGACAGUCAUUGAGGAACCAUAAGACAUCCAGAAAAUUGGCAGUUCUAAUUACUCCAGAGGUUUCCAUUGGGAUGAGGUCAGUCCUCAGCAGUGUAUUUGAUGAAGUGAUUGAGGUGGAUGUGCUUGACAGCGCUGACUCAGUCCAUCUGGCUCUGAUGCAGAGGCCAGAACUGGGUGUAACCUUCACUAAGCUUCGUUGUUGGACUCUUACUCAUUACAGCAAAUGUGUCUUCAUGGAUGCAGACACUUUGGUACUUUGCAACAUUGAUGAGUUGUUUGAUUGGGAAGAGUUUUCUGCAGCUCCUGAUUCUGGCUGGCCUGACUGUUUCAAUAGCGGUGUAUUUGUGUUCCAGCCCUCCUUGAAGACUUACAACCUGCUGCUCCAGUUUGCUGCUGAACAUGGCAGCUUUGAUGGAGGUGAUCAAGGCUUGUUGAACAGCUUCUUCAGCAACUGGGCAACAGCAGAUAUUGGCAAACACUUGCCUUUCCUCUAUAACUUAAGCAGCAGCUCUGUAUACACCUAUGUUCCUGCUUUCACUCAUUUUGGUAGAGAUGCCAAAGUUGUUCACUUCAUGGGAGCAACAAAGCCCUGGAACUACAAAUACAACCUUCAAACAAAGAGAGUUAUGCAGGAUGGCACCACCUCUGGAUCUUUUCACCAACUGUCGUUUCUUGCCCUCUGGUGGAAUAUCUACAGUGCCAGUAUAUUGCCUUUGUUGGAAAAAGGUGUUCAAAAGAUGGAAGAAUCAGAAUCUGAGGAAUGCAAGCAUGCUUUCAAUGGAGUUGAAGUUACCCUGAAGAAGGUCAGUUCUUACGUGGCCAGUUCUCUGCAAAAGCCUGAGCUCCCAGAGCAGACAAAUGAAGUAAAUCCCACAGCAUGCUCAGCUGAGGAACUCACUUUCAAAGCUCAACCUGUGUAUGAAGUCGAACCAAGAGAUUCUAACGUGCAUCUCUCUGAGCCUGACAGACCUUCAGAACAACCUGUAUUUCAACCUGCAUUUCAGGAAACCUCAGAAAUGAACGAGGUUGCACAUUCUGUUUCAGAGCUGUCUAUUCACUUCAAACCAGCAAAACCAACUCCAGAAGACGAGCGGAGAAAAUGGGAGGAAGGGCGCAUGGACUAUAUGGGGAAAGAUGCUUUUGAACACAUAAAAAAGAAAUUGGAUGCAUUUUUACACUAAGACGGGGUGUACUGUUAUGCCCAUCGUGAUAGAUUGUUUUUAUAAUUCAAUUCAUGAAUACUUGGCUUAACCAGUUUAGCUGA